AUGGCCGAGGAAGGCAUUGCUGUUGGAGGUGUAAUGAAUGUUAAUACUGCUUUGCAACAGGUGCUGAAGACCGCCCUCAUCCUCGAUGGCUUAGCACGUGGAAUUCACGAAGCUGCCAAAACUUUAGACAAGCGCCAAGUCCAUCUAUGUGUACUUGCAUCAAACUGUGAUGAGCCUGUGUAUGUCAAGUCGGUGGAAGCCCUUUGUGCUGAGCAUCAAAUCAACCUCAUUAAGGUUGAUGACAACAAGAAACUAGGGGAAUGGGUAGGCCUUUGUAAAACUGACAGAGAGGGAAAGCCCCGUAAAGUGGUUGGUUGCAGUUGUGCGGUGGUUAAGGACUAUGGCAAAGAAUCUCAGGCCAAGGAUGUCAUCGAGGAGUACUUCAAAUGCAAGAAAUGAUGAAAUAAAAAACUGAGUUCUUGAUUAAAAAAAAAA